UGAAGUGGGAAACUGAAGCCAUUACUCUCCAAACCCUGUUUCCUCUUCCCAAGUAUGUCAGAAAGCUGGCAGCAGCCGCCGCAGACGCAGCCGCAGCAGCCGCAGCCCCCGCAGCCUCAGCACCAUGCGGAGCCGCCACCGGCCCUGGCCGAGCACACGCUGCCCACAGGCACGGCUGAGAAUCCCCUGGGCUGCGCUGUCUAUGGCAUCCUCCUGCAGCCCGACCCGGGCCUGCAGCCCCCGCAGCAUGCGCCCCUGCAGGCAGCAGGCGAGCCGGGCCCCAAGUGCGGGGUGUGCGGACAUGACUUGGCGCACCUGGCCAGCCCGCACGAGCACCAGUGCCUGGCGGGCCACGACCGCUCGUUCCAGUGCACGCAGUGUCUCAAGAUCUUCCACCAGGCCACCGACCUGCUGGAGCACCAGUGUGUCCAGGCCGAACAGAAGCCUUUCGUUUGUGGGGUCUGUAAAAUGGGCUUCUCGCUGCUCACCUCGCUGGCACAGCACCACAGUGCACACAGCGGGGCUGGGGGCCUUGUAAAAUGUUCCAUCUGUGAGAAGACCUACAAGCCAACCGAGGCAGCUGAGCCCGCGGGCACGGCUGCCCCGUCACUGCCCCCACCACCCCCGGCACCUACUGUCACCACUGCUGAACAGACCGACAAGCCCUACAGCUGCCCCAUCUGCCAGAAGCCCUUCAAGCACCUGUCGGAGCUCUCGCGGCAUGAGCGGAUCCACACGGGUGAGAAGCCGUACAAGUGCACGCUGUGUGACAAGAGCUUCAGCCAGUCAUCCCACCUGGUGCACCACAAGCGGACCCACAGCGCCGAGCGGCCCUACAAGUGUGCCGUCUGCGAGAAGACCUUCAAGCACCGCUCUCACCUGGUGCGCCACAUGUACGCGCACUCGGGCGAGCACCACCUGUUCCGCUGCAAUGUGUGUGAGCUGCACUUCAAGGAGUCGUCAGAGCUCCUGCAGCACCCGUGCACGCCGAGCGGGGAGCGGCCCUUCCGCUGCGGCGAGUGCCAGAAGGCCUUCAAGCGGCCGUCGGACCUGCGGCAGCACGAGCGCACGCACAGCGCCGAGCGGCCGUUCAAGUGCGACCUGUGCCCCAUGGGCUUCAAGCAGCAGUAUGCGCUGAUGCGGCACCGGCGCACACACAAGACAGAGGAGCCGUUCAAGUGCGGCCUGUGCGAGAAGGGCUUCGGGCAGCCCAGCCACCUGCUCUACCACCAGCACGUGCACACCCUUGAGACUCUCUUCAAGUGCCCCGUGUGCCAGAAGGGCUUCGACCAGUCGGCCGAGCUGCUGCGGCACAAGUGCCUGCCGGGCACUGCCGACCGGCCUUUCAAGUGCCCGGUGUGCAGCAAGGCCUACAAGCGGGCGUCAGCCCUGCAGAAGCACCAGCUGGCCCACUGCGCAGCCGCGGAGAAGCCCCUGCGCUGCACCCUGUGCGAGCGCCGCUUCUUCUCCUCCUCGGAGUUUGUGCAGCACCGCUGCGACCCCGCCCGCGAGAAACCACUCAAGUGCCUGGACUGCGAGAAGCGCUUCAAGUACGCGUCUGACCUGCAGCGGCACCGGCGGGUGCACACGGGCGAGAAGCCGUACAAGUGCCCCAACUGUGACAAGGCCUUUAAGCAGCGUGAGCAUCUCAACAAGCACCAGGGUGUGCACGCGCGGGAGCAGCAGUUCAAGUGCGUGUGGUGCGGCGAGCGCUUCCUGGACGUGGCCCUGCUGCAGGAACACAGCGCGCAGCACAGUGCUGCCGCUGCCGAGGGCACCUACCAGGUGGCUGCCUGCCUGCCCUGAGCCCACCCCAGGGCCCCCACCAG